AUCACAUCUUCCUCAUUCUUCCAUUACAAGCAUUAUUGAUACAUACUAUCAUUUCUCUUCUCCACACUAUAGCCAUUAGACACAACUCGAUAUGUCUUUACAACAACUAGAUGCUUUCAGAGAAAAGUAUUUGGACUUAAACUCAAUAAAAGAACUACCCGAAUCAUAUGCAUGGUCAUCAGAGAAUAAUUUCCCUUCCUCCAGCAGUUCAGAGCCAGUUCCAGUGAUCAACCUCAAAGAUUCAAACGCCAUGAAGCAUGUAGGCUAUGCAUGCAAAACAUGGGGUGUGUUUCAAGUCACCAACCAUGGCAUCCCUACAACUCUUCUUAACAACAUGGAAGCUUCUGGAAGAAAGCUAUUCUCUCUUCCCUUCCAACAAAAACUAAAAGCAGCUCGCUCUCCGGAUGGUGUUUCUGGAUAUGGUGUUGCUCGGAUAUCUUCUUUUUUCCCAAAACUCAUGUGGUCUGAAGGCUUCACUCUAAUUGACUCACCACACCAACAUGCUCAGAAGCUUUGGCCCCAAGGUUCCGGAAACUUCUGCGAUGUAAUCGAAGAGUACAAUAAGGAAAUGAAUAAAUUAUCCAAUAGGGUGAUGUGGCUAAUACUUGGAUCAUUGGGUAUAAAAAAGGGAGAUAUAAAAUGGGCUAAUCAAGAAGGAGAGAUAAAAGAAGCAUGUGCAGCCUUACAAUUAAAUUCUUACCCAUCUUGUCCAGAUCCGGAUCGAGCCAUGGGUCUUGCAGCUCAUACGGAUUCAACCCUCCUCACAAUCCUACACCAAAGCAACACAAGUGGGUUGCAGGUUCAAAGAGGAGGAGUUGGUUGGGUUACAGUGGAACCCAUAGCAGGGGCACUUGUGGUAAAUGUAGGUGACUUGAUCCAAAUACUCUCUAAUGGAUUGUAUUCAAGUGUUCUUCAUCGAGCCAUGGUUAAUCGAACCCAACAUCGUCUCUCUGUAGCUUAUCUCUAUGGCCCACCAUCAAAUGUUAGAAUUGCACCACUAUCAAAAUUAACAGAUAAUGUUCAUCCUCCUCUUUAUCGCCCAGUGACAUGGAGUGAAUAUCUUGGUACUAAGGCAAAGCACUUCAAUAAGGCACUUUCGUUUGUUCGUUUGUGUGCACCUAUCACUAUGAGUGGUUUUGUAGAUGCAAGUACUGAUAAUCAUAACAGUGUCCUUGUUGGUUGAACAUGUUUAUGG